GCAACACUUAUUUUCCCGCCUAAUCCAAUAUUGUGUGCAAAGCAUGCAAAAGUUGAUAUAAACAAAUUCUAAAUAUAAAAAUACCCGAACUCAAACAAACAAAAAUGCCAGAGGAACCUGAAGUUGUUAUUGUUGAUAAGCGGCACAAUAACAGUCUGCCAUGGAUUGAAAAGUACAGACCUGUGAAAUUCGACGAAAUUGUCGGCAAUGAAGAUACCGUGGCGCGUCUUUCAGUGUUUGCGACUCAAGGAAAUGCUCCAAACAUUAUCAUAGCGGGUCCGCCUGGUGUGGGCAAAACCACUACCAUCCAGUGUCUGGCACGCAUUUUAUUGGGCGAUAGCUACAAGGAGGCGGUCUUGGAGUUAAAUGCCUCCAACGAGCGUGGCAUUGAUGUCGUACGCAACAAGAUCAAAAUGUUUGCCCAACAAAAAGUUACCCUACCCAAGGGUCGGCAUAAGAUCGUCAUUCUGGAUGAGGCGGACAGCAUGACGGAGGGCGCUCAACAGGCUUUGCGCCGUACCAUGGAAAUCUACAGUAAUACCACACGGUUUGCCCUGGCCUGUAAUACCAGUGAAAAGAUAAUCGAGCCUAUACAAUCUCGCUGCGCCAUGCUCCGUUUCACAAAGCUCUCCGACUCACAGGUGAUGGCCAAGCUGAUUGAGGUCAGCCAGCUGGAGAAUCUCAAGUAUGAGGAGGAUGGCCUGGAGGCCAUUGUAUUUACGGCACAGGGUGAUAUGCGACAGGCAUUAAACAAUCUUCAAUCGACUGCUCAGGGAUUUGGUGAUAUUACGGGUCCAAAUGUUUUCAAAGUCUGCGAUGAACCGCAUCCCAUGCUGCUCCAGGACAUGCUGCAUCAUUGUGCCGGCAAUGACAUACACAAGGCUUAUAAAAUUCUGGCCAAACUAUGGAAACUGGGCUACGCUCCAGAGGAUAUAAUUGGCAAUAUUUUUCGUGUCUGUAAACGCUUGAAUAUCGACGAACAGAUGAAGUUAAACUUUAUACGCGAGAUCGGCAUAACACACAUGAAAAUCGUCGAUGGUAACAAUUCGCUUCUACAGCUUACUGGUUUGCUGGCCCGCCUCUGCCAAGUGGCCGAGGCUAACUAAUUCUUAAUUAGUAAUUAAUUUUUUUUUAAAUAAAAAUAAAAACAUUUAUCGAUAAACCGACUCGAUACUUUCCGGGUCGAUAAUUAUCACCACUAAUCGAUAAAUAUCGCACUACAUGCACUGUCA